GUUUAUUCUUCGGCAAGAAAUAAAUGACUAGAUUGUAACCUACACCAUCGUGUACCCAGCCUAUAUAUAUGCUUUGUACGCAUCAACCUAAACCUCACCACAGCCCAGCCUCCCUCCUUGAAUCCCAUCCUUGAACCUUGAGCAGAACCAACCAAUCUCGCCAUCACCAUCACCACCACCGUCAUAUGUCUCCCUAUCAUCCUGCUGCGUCCGUCAGGCCUGCACAGUCAGUCACGAAGCAGUCCAAGUCACGUGCAUCGAAGCCCCCACCUUCAUCGACAAAGUCAGGUGCACCGAAGCCGCCACACUCGUCGGCAAAGAAGGGUACCCAGGUUGUAUCAAUGCACGGGUACUCGGAGUUUGUCCAGUCGCUAACCCAGGAACAAUAUGUCAUAGCUAGUCAAACGACAAUUCGCGAACAGUUUGUCUAAUUCACAUCUAGAUGUUUUUUAAGGAUCUCAGAGCUAACCUCCCACAAAUAUAUAAUGGAGCAACAAGAAGCAAAAAAAACUAGGACAAAAAAAUGGACCACAAACAGAGUGAAAAUCAGCUUAGAUGUGACAUAACUAUGUCACAUCUAGAUGUGUCCUAGACAGACCCAUUCGCGAAACUCUGAAGACUCCUGCAAUGAACGUUAGGAGAGUUUUGUGCCAAAAGAUUGCUAGCACAUAUGAUUCACAAGUUGUCGCGUUUGUGAUACACGGGGUACCUAUGAGAAUAACCUUGCAAGACGUAGAACACAUCACAGGCCUGCCCAGCAUGGGGAGGGACUAUGUCCCUCCUCCGUUCAAAGAAGUGCAGGACUUAUGGCUUGAUUUAAAGGAUCCCGAAGAUAACAAACUGACCUUGAAAGGUCUUCGUAAGAAGAUGAUUGGCGAAGAGAGGCCACGGUUUGUGAAGCCUUAUGUCUUGUACACCAUUGGCAAGUUGGUUUGCCCAACGACACAACCCUAUGUUGAUCCAAAUAUUUGGGAAUUGUUAUCGACAUACAUACUAUAAACUCCAUAAAUUAUGCUAAACUAUUUCUUGACCACUUAAUGUCAAGUGUGAGGAAGUUUGUGAACGGUGCCGCGAACUUGGAGGGGAAUCUCCCACUACUGCAGGUAGUACAAACUCUUCCUAUGAUAUUCUUUAAUUGGUCAAUUAUGUAUUCUUUUUAAUUCUCUCCCACACUUGGUUCUAUGAGAAAUUCUGAGUCGACCAUAUUGAUCGCACCAUUUCCUAUCUUCAACGAGAUAAACCAUUGAUACAAUACUGGGACGAAGAAAAGGCAGCAAAGGUCGACAAAAUAAUAUCGCAGAACUACAUAGGAGUAGGACAGAUGGUAGACGACCUCAGGCGCCCUUGGAAGCCAAUGCCGAAGGCUUCACAUCAACCUACAAAGUCUACUUUUGAGGUCGAUGGGACACUAGGCCGCGUACUCGCCUAGGUGGGAGAGAUAAAAGCAAUAGUGUGUCAGCAAUAUUCGGAGAUUUCCGCAAAACUGGACGGAGUAGAAAGGCUUAAAAAGCAAAACAGCAUGCGCUUGGAGGACUUCAUUUGUGCAUUCAAUGAUCAUCGAUUUGGAGUAGGACAGAAGGACUUUAAUGAGGGUCAGAGAGUUGAUAAUAAUAUCAAGAAAACCUCGAAGAAUGUUGCUGCUAGUACAAAUGAAGUGCCAAAGUGUGUCUACAGCAACCCCAGCAAGAACCUUGCUGGGGAAUUUGAGGUAAAAAAAACACCUGUGGACCCCCACAAAGGAAAAACAGACAGAGAUGACGCUGUGGACUCAUUUGGUAAGCGUUUUAGGAGUGACAGCAAGAACUUACCCUCCCAAUCUGAGAAGGUGAAGAAAACAUAUGUACACCCCCAGAAGUUAAAGACUGAAAGAGACGAUAGCAAGAACUUACCCUCCGAAUAUGAGAAGGUCAAGCAUACGUCCAUGGAUGCCAUGGACUCCAUAGGGAGGCGUGUCAGACAUGACAGCCGGAAGAAAAAGAAGUCUUCACUCCUUCAGAGCGAGGAAUACGAAUUUUACACCCCCGCGCUCAGAAGGAAAAGAGCUCUAUCUCAACAGACACAUGACAGUAACGAUAUUAUGUACACACAGAAUAAGAAGAUGAAUCCCGGGAAAAGCAGCGCCCAGCAGCUAAAACAGCUCAAGGAGGACUUGAUCAAUUUUCAGGCAGAAACAGAUCGAGUUACACAGAAUAUAGUAGUUGACUAUGUAAACACUACUCCUGAGACCGCCAAGUUGGUGAAGAUCAAGGACAUACUUCUAACGCAGAAGUAUCUUAAAUGCCUGACAACACCAGAUCAUUCCUCCUUUGCAGCUUGGGUGGAUGACGAUGUACUCGAUGCGGCGUUUGAACUCCUACGCCUGGACGGACUAGAAGGUGUACGAGACCAUGGUACCGUGUAUGUCGAAAGGUCGACCAUUGUCAACAUCCUAAAGAGAGAUGGCACAGUCCCGAAUUGUACCUUGGAUGUUUUAAGCGGCAAAUCAGGCACUAAAUGUGGAGAUAACUACCUGAAGCAUGACAUGAUUUUCCUACCUUCAAAUAUUCCCAACCACCACUGGUUCCUGGCUGUUGUCAACUCCCAAAAGAGGGAGAUUCAAAUUCUGGACUCACUCCAAUCACGCAACAACCGCAAAGAAGUAAUUGCUGCGCUUCUUGGAAUGGAAACACAUAUUGAUAUAGCAGUGAUGGAAAAUAGAAUGCCAGGAAGUAGAUGGUCGGACACUCAAGUGGCUUCGUGGCCUAUCACAGACUAUGAAGUGCCACAGCAAAAAGAUGGGUGUUGAAAUACAUCCAAUAUUGGACUAGAGUGAGAUUGUCGGCAAUAUUCAACCAGGAUGACAUAAGACAGUUCAGAAGAUGGUUUGCUGCUGCGUUGAUCAAUUCACCUCACAAUGAGUUGAAAGUUCGGAAGGCCAUACCAGCAGUUGACUUAGAAGAUGAUUUAGAAGACGUCGACCUCGGAGGUGACGACGGACACAACGACAGCGGAGAUGUCUUAGGAGACGAUGAUUCCGCACUAUAGUUGUGUGGUGCUAGACUAAGGGAAGAGUUAAUAGGAUUGGGGGUGGUGUGGUUUUUGCCCCGUAGACGGUUUCCACACCGUUUUCAAUUUUAUUACUUUAUCUAUUUAUCUAUACAUCAGAGAUGUAUCAAACAUUUUUUUUGGUUGUGCUACUUUAUCUAUACGGCAAAUUGCCGUACAUUUACUACUUUUA